AUGAAAAUUGCAAGCAAUUCCGAAAAUCUUUGCAGCUCAAUCAACAUCUCUGAUCACCGCACAGAAGAAACACAAUUUGAAAGGGAGGGGGUAGCAAACGACAAACAUGAAAAGCCUCUGUGGGAAAAUGACAACCCCAAUCCAUGGGUACCUUUUCCCAACCAGCCAACCUUCGUUGUGAAAUUUGAAUUCUACGCUUCACGCCUCGAAGAACAUAUCAACGAUCCCGAACCGUACCUCCCCGGACAAAUCCACGGACUCGGACUCGGGUGUGAGUUGGGCCCAACACACGUGGAAGCAGUCUACGAAGCUUUCGAGAAGAAUGAUAUUCCCUCCACAAUUGACUACGGAAGCGACAAAACAAUGGCUUGGCCAGGUCACGACUUCCAAGAGGAAUCAUGUAUUCCCCUUUGGCAGAUAAAAAGUACAGGCGUCUCGUGGAAGCCUCUAAAUUUGGAACGGUACGCCGUUGUUGCCAUGACAGUUGUCUCUCCUGUCUUUCGCCUCGUAGAAGAAAACUACAAAGAGGUAGACCGAGUUGUUGACAUAAUCAUUCAAACAUUGCGAGUUCAGAAGGAAGAAGGUCCAGGAAUCAAGGUCAGAUGUGAGAGCCGCAAAGCUUUCCGCUGGCCGGACAAUAAACAUCACCUUCCCGCAAAUUUGAAACAAAAUUUGGAAGCACGCUUCUCGCAUGUUCCUCAGGUGGAUCAAAAGAGACGUGCCGCCUUUGUCAAACAGACUUACAACAGGAUGCUCUCCACAGGACCGCCGCAGCAAAGUGACUCUCCGACCGAGAGACCACCGGUGUGGAAAGCCUGGAGCUCCUACAUAAACCGAUGA